CACUUCUUGGACGGACUAGCUUUAUGUAGCAGGAGUGCCAAAAUGCCACAGUAGCUUGGACCAGUUACAAUGUCACUUAGGGACUUCAAAGUUCCAAACCCUAUAAGUGCAGGCGCUAAAAGGACGGAUCGAAUUGCGAAGAGGAAAAACCCGAAUCAAGUUAGAGUGCGUGUGCGACCUCGCAUUGAACAAAGCAACACUCAACAGCAAGUAGGCCACCACCAGCUAGAAGAUGAUGAGGGAGAGCAACAUGCUAACGUGGAGAUGCAUAUGGGCGCUUCAGCAGCGGAUCUGCUGCCGCAUGUGCACAGCGAGUCCGAUGUUGAAGACACCGAGCAAGGCGACGACGCAUCAGUGGACGUUGCAGCUCAGGGCUGCAACUUGCUGCCGGUUCAGGCGGACUGCGUCUCCGACUCGAACAGCGGGUGGGACCUCGACCGCGCUCACUCUGGCAAGAACGUUCUCUGGUGGCACCAGUCCGUGCUGCAGAUGUAUGACAUCCUGUCAUUCAGGACCAGACAUCUCAGCGCAGACGCGUUUUGUGACGCUAUGAUGAACAGCUGGGAGCGCAAUGGGAUCUCCCGUCCAAGCUCUGUGUCGGCGACAACCCUGCGCCAGCGCAUGCGCGAGGCGCUGCUGCUGUAUAUGGACUGUCAGAACGUCAUCGAGGACUACCCGGAGGACACUAUAACCGACUGGCCUCGCGGCGCCCUGAACAGCUGCCCCUGCUGCGGUGACAGCGUCACAUGUGCAGCAAUGGCGGUGGACGCAGGCGCCGGGCCAGCUGGCGGCGCCAUGGCAGCCGGCGUAGCGGCUGCCGCUGCAGUGGCUGGGGAAGCGGUGGUGGGCGCACGCGCCGGGCCGAGCGGCAGUGGCGGCGUGGCGGGUGUGGACAUGGCAGACGCCUGCAUGCGGUACGCGCUAAACUUGGUCGGCGUGUGGCCCUCGACACCUUCGGCCACGAUACAUGUAUCUGUAUAAUGAAGUAUGGCAGUGCCUGGAUACGAUGCCAUGUAUGGCCCCAGCACUUCCCGUGUCUCCGACGACAAGCGAGGAACCAAUUCGCGGGCGCUGCGCCCACCACGCUGCGCAAGUGUCUACAAAUGACACUAUGAAUGCAAACAUUACAAGCCUGUCGCGGUUCGGGCCGUGCGCGAAGGCGUGGUCGAGUGCAUCGUCGCAAUCCUCUUGUUGCAGGGCCAAGUAGUCGCCUACCCGAGAGUCGUGCAUAGGCCGUGCCACGCGCGAUAACUUGAAGCCAGUUGCAAUGUCAAAUUUGCUGCGUUGAUCCCGCUCUCCUUGGUGUGCAAUACCUCCUUUGUAGGCAGAGACUGGACCAGCAGAAUUGUGACCUGUUGCCAAUAUUUAGCGUCAUUUGCCUCGAGUGCUUUGUCCGCAUGAAAAUGACCGUCUGGGAGAUACGACAUAGACGUGGCUCGAAAACCGCAGUGCUGGCCACCUGAAUUACUUCAUGCAAUAUGAAAUGUUAUUUAGGAUGCACAUACAGUGACGCGGACUAGUGGCGGGCUGGCUUGGGCAAUCGUGGUCGCUGGUCGGCAAAUUGCUUGGUGCGACUCAAAUCGAGCCCUACCCACCAUCAAUGUAUUCUUUAUAGCUUCA